AUGACGAUAGCUUCCCCGCUCGGGCCCCCAAUUCUCCCGGGGUUUCAUCCCGUAGCUGUGUCAGUUUUAAAAGGGCCCUCAUGGCCUCUAUGGCCGUACCUUCGUCGGCGAAUUCUUUGGUCAGUAGUCUUUUUAUUUCUUCCCAAGCCAAGCGGGGUUGGUUCUCCACGAGCCCCCUUACGAACUCAGACGCUUUUCCCUUUGUGGCAUCGUAUGCCAGACGAUUCUGUUCCUUCUUUUCCUUUGGUCCCGGGUCGUUCUGAUUUCUGCUUGAACUUUCAGCAACGGCGGUCGAUCGUGGUCUUCUCAGGGUUGAAAUCCCUCGGUCACCACGGCACCAUACGUGACGUGGUUGUCUCAGGGUUGAUCCGUUGGUCACGGCACCACUUAAUCAUGUAUGUAUGUCGGAGUGUGGUUCAGUUCGACACUGGGGCUAAUUUCUAUCGAUCAUUCGCAGUUGAUUCUUCUCUCCGACUUGAGUUGUAUUUCUUCUUCUUCUUCUACUUGGGCUGGAAGUUCUUCUUGUCUGAGGGUUCUUUUCUCGCUGCCGCUUUCAGGCAAUCUUCUUCUUCGUCUACUUGGGCUUUCUUGUCUGAGGGUUCUUUUCUCGCUGCCGGCCCGGGGAUGAACUUUAACUUCUCAUCGACUUUCGGCUUGUCUGCAGCUCCAAUUCUUCUCAGGCUUUCAGGCAAUCUUCUUCUUCGUCUACUUGGGCUGGAAGUUCUUCUGCUUCGACUUGGGCUGGAAGGAUUUCUUGUCUGA